AUGGCCUCUCGCGCGACGAGCAACCGAUCGCCCCGCUCUGCCUCGCGCAAUGACUUUCACGUCGCCGUUCUCUGCGCCCUACCCUUAGAAGCUGACGCAGUCGAAGCUGUCUUCGACCAGCACUGGGACGACGGCGGCCUAUCAUUUAAUAAAACACCCGGCGAUCCUAAUUUAUACUCUACAGGUGUUAUCGGCCGCCACAAUGUCGUACUGGCGCACAUGCCGGGCAUAGGCGUAGCGAAUGCCGCGUCCGUUGCGAGCGCUUGCAAGACGAGUUACCCUAAUAUUAGACUGGGACUCGUCGUUGGAAUCUGUGGCAUCGUCCCCGGUGAUGGUAGCGAUGAGAGAGUGCUAGGCGAUAUCGUCAUCAGUGACGGCGUGGUGCAGUACGACUUCGGACGGCAUAUAGAUGGGCAUUUUAUGCGGAAGAAUACCCUGCUGGAAAGCUUAGGAAGACCCCUAUCCGAAAUUCGAUCCAUACUCGCGAAAUUCCGUGGCAUUCGGGGUCGAGCUCAGCUUGCGAAGCGCACAUCCAGCUACCUAAGCGACAUUCGAGCAACACCGCAGCUAGGCGCUACUUACCCCGGCAAGGCACUUGACAGGCUAUUUGAGCCCGACUUUAAGCACAUGGAUGAACAUAAGAUAUGUGAUGACCUUGGCUGCUCUGGUAUUCCCGUGCCACGCAAGCGGCUCCUGCCAGAACUUGACGAGCCGGCCCCUAGCAUUCACUUUGGAUUGAUCGCAUCUGGGAGCACCGUGAUGAAGUCGGGAAGGGACCGCGAUAGGAUCGCAAAGGAAGAAGACGUAGUCGUAUUCGAGAUGGAGGGUGCGGGCGCAUGGGAUAGCUUCCCGUGCGUGGUAAUUAAAGGGGCAUGCGACUAUGCCGACAGUCAUAAGAACAAGGUGUGGCAGCGGUAUGCUGCGGCAGCCGCGGCGGCGUUUGUUGUUCCGUACCCAAAGAACGAAAAUUUUGUGCCGAGAGUCUCUUAUCUAGAGACCCUUAUGUCACAGCUCGGCCUCGGUACGCAUGCGGAUAAGCUAGGAUCGAGAGUGGCUCUCUAUGGCUUGGGAGGUAUUAGAAAAACACAGAUUGCACUAUCCUACAGUUAUACGUCUAUUGCCCAAGAAUCGGAGACACUAUCCUUGGUGAAAUCCUGGCUUGAGCAGACGGAUCGGGGUCGUUGGCUUAUGGUGAUCGAUAAUGCGGACGAUACCGAGCUCUUUGCCCUAUCACAAAAGGACGAACUCAUCCACAUGUCAGGUCCCGCUAUCGGCAGAGGGAAACUAGGUCGCUUCGUGCCCUCGUGCCGGCACGGCUCGAUCCUAAUUACGAGCCGGAAUAAGCAGACCGCCGUCCGGCUAGCGCCUGCGAAGCACCGGAUCGAGGUAGCGAAAAUGACGGAUGCGGAGGCUAUGCGGCUCAUCCGAUCUACUAUGGAGGAUGAUGAUAUUACAGUGGGGACCACGGAGCGACUCGCAUCCCGACUCGAACACUUACCUCUUGCACUCCUAUUUGAAGGCUUCGGAAGAGAUUCCGAGACGUCACAUGCAGUAACAGCGACUUGGAUCAUCUCAUUUGAGCAAAUCGAAAAGCAGCAUCCGUUGGCAAGCUCUAGUAUACCCAAAAGUUUCCUAGAUAACCAACAAGGCCAGAGUGGCUUGGAGGCUGUGACGAAGGCACUGGGUACUCUCAUUGCAUUCUCCUUUGUCUUAAAUAGAAAGAAUGACACCGUGGAUAUGCAUCGUCUAUGGCUCGCUACUAAGGGAGCAACGGACAACUUUGCGGUAGCAGCUUUAAAGGUAGUGUCGAAUGCCUUUCUAUGGGGAAGAUUUGAAACCCGAGAUAUCUGCUUGCAGUACUUACCACAUGCUUAUGCUGUAUUAGCAGCGCAUGGAAAGGAGGUGGAGGCCGCGAAUCUUCACCGAGCAUCGCUUCUCCAUAAUAUAAGCGCCUACUUGAGCCAAGCCGUAAGAAUACUGGCCCAAGCCAUGGGCAACCUGGCGGCGACAUAUAGGAACCAGGGCCGGUGGGAGGAGGCAGAGGCGCUUGAGGUGCAGGUGAUGGAGACUCGCAAGACGAAGCUUGGGGCGGACCAUCCCGACACGCUGACAAGCAUGGCCAACCUAGCGUCAACAUUUUGGAGCCAGGGCCGGUGGGAGGAGGCAGAGACGCUUUUUGUGCAGGUGAUGGAGACGAGCAAGACGAAGCUUGGGGCGGACCAUCCCGACACGCUGACGAGCAUGGCCAAUCUGGCGUCAACAUUUUGGAACCAGGGCCGGUGGGAGGAGGCAGAGACGCUUGGGGUGCAGGUGAUGGAGACUCGCAAGACGAAGCUUGGGGCGGACCAUCCCGACACGCUGACAAGCAUGGCCAAUCUGGCGUCGACAUACAGGAACCAGGGCCGAUGGGAGGAGGCAGAGACGCUUUUUGUGCAGGUGAUAGAGACUCGCAAGACGAAGCUUGGGGCGGACCAUCCCGACACGCUGACGAGCAUGGCCAAUCUGGCGUCGACAUAUAGGGACCAGGGCCGGUGGGAGGAGGCAGAGACGCUUGAGGUGCAGGUGAUGGAGACGAGCAAGACGAAGCUUGGGGCGGACCAUCCCUCCACGCUGACAAGCAUGAACAAUCUCGCCCACACUUGGCAGCGUAUAGGAAUGGUAUUGGAAGCUACUCAAUUAAUGCGCGAAUGCGUUCGCCUAAGUCAACGUAAGCUGGGCUUGAAUCACUCACAUACGAAGGCUUCUGUUUCUACUUUAGACGACUGGGUUAGCCAGCUCCAAAUUUGA